UUUUAGUGAGAGCCCGGUGCUUCGACCCAAGCUUGCCCACAAUUCCAUGGAAGGAAAUAAAAGCUGUCUGUGCAGGAGUAGGGAUGGAGCACAUUGCAGCUUUUCCACCUGUGGCACAGCUGGAUCAGUGAGAGAAGAUGAAAGCCAGAAGAUCAAAUCAGUUUGGACAGGAGAACUGGAAGUGCAGGAGAUCCUUGCUGACGAUGGUGGUCGCUGGAGGCAGCACUGUUGAAGAUUAUAUCAUUUACAGACAAGAUCUCUGAAAUCUGUUUCCUUCACACAGCAAAGGAAGAAGAGGCUUUAGAGCAACAAAACGGGCAAAAACCACAAAGACUUGAAGAAACAGCACUUCUCUAAUUCUUCCCAAAAGUUCUGAGAACCACCAAAUCCUAAAGGAUUACACCCACCAGUCUUCCUGAUUUCAGAUGUAAGUGGGGUGCAGGAGUUCCUCAGAUGAGGGGUGGAGGGAGGCAAGCAGCCGGCCCCAAUGGACAUAGCCCAUCGAGAGCACCACAGGAGACUGUCUAAAGCAAAGCUCAAAGUGCAGCAGGAAUUCUAAAAAGCCUAAAAGAUCCCCAAGAUAACUUGAAGAAAGACCAUGAGAAGCAAUGUAGCUUGGAGUGAACAAGAUGAACAGACCCAACUUCAAUCUAAUGCUUAAUGAGGAAAAAGGCUGUUUGAUUGGAGCCAAGGACUCAGCAAAGGAACUCAAGAAGACAACUUGGAUCAUGACCAGAAGAUAAAAAGAAAACAAAAAUAAUGUGGCAUAUAAAGGGUGUAAUACCUGGAGGUAUUGGAUCUGACUCAUAUUUAUAAAAAUGAGACGAGCUUUCACGAAACACAAGUUAUCUUAGACAGUCAUCAAGCUUGGAGCCAUCAUGCUGUUGAACUAGAAAUUCUCCUUUUCCCCAUUCUCCUUUCUGACAGGUAACAAAGGAUUGGUGAAUUAUGAUUUUCCCAAGUUGGAAGCACUAAUUUUUAUCUAUAUAGUUCAUCCUUAUGAAUAUAUAAGGAGUUAAACAUUGCAUAUUUAAUGUGGAUUAUAAUGGGAAAGUGACUCAUUAACCAAAAUGGCCACUUUUAAGGACUUGGUUUCAAACUGAGCUGGAGCCUCCCGAUGCACUUUGUAGGAUUUGGGGAAAGCUGUGCUGCAGGGCCUGCUUUGGGAGGCCAGGAUGACAUGUAGUAAAAGGAUAUCACCUUACUGUUGAUAUCUUUGAAGACUCAUAACCAGAAACAGGAAAAUGAAUGGUGGGAAGGAGUGUGACGGAGGGGACACGGAUGGAGGGCCACCAGCAGUGCAAGUUCCCGUUGGUUGGCAGCGGAGGGUGGACCAAAGUGGAGUUCUCUACAUCAGUCCCAGUGGGUCUUUAUUAUCCUGCUUGGAGCAGGUGAAGACUUACUUGCUGACUGAUGGAACGUGCAAGUGUGGCCUAGAAUGUCCUCUUGUUCUUCCCAAGGUCUUUAAUUUUGAUCCUGGAGCUGCUGUGAAGCAGAGAACUGCUGAAGAUGUUAAAGCGGACGAAGAUGUCACCAAACUAUGCAUUCACAAAAGGAAAAUUAUUGCUGUGGCUACACUUCAUAAAAGCAUGGAAGCACCACAUCCUUCACUGGUUCUAACUAGUCCUGGUGGUGGAACAAGUGCGACGCCAGUAGUUCCCACUCGAGCAGCAACCCCAAGGUCGAUGAGGAAUAAAUCUCAUGAAGGAAUUACAAAUUCUGUGAUGCCGGAAUGUAAGACUCCUUUCAAGUUGAUGAUGGGGGCAUCUAAUGCCAUGGGUAGGCUUUAUGUGCAAGAAAUGGCUGGAAGCCAGCAAGCAGAGCUCCAUCCUGCCUAUCCCAGGCAGAGAUUGGGGAGCAAUGAACUGGGGCAGAAGUCUCCGUACCGCGGCAGUCACGGGGGGAUGCCCAGCCCGGCGUCCUCGGGAUCGCAGAUCUACGGGGACGGCUCCAUCUCCCCCAGGACUGACCCGCUCGGAAGCCCCGACGUCUUCACGAGGAACAAUCCCGGUUUUCAUGGAGCACCCAACUCCAGUCCUAUCCACAUGACCAGGACGCCUCUGUCCCCGCCGUCAGUCAUGCUCCACGGCUCUCCCAUACAGUCAUCCUGUGCAAUGGCUGGAAGGACUAAUAUACCUCUUUCCCCCACCCUGACCACCAAGAGCCCGGUCAUGAAAAAACCCCUGUGUAACUUUUCAGCCGGUAUGGAAAUACCACGAGCAAUGUUCCACCAGGGGCUGCCCUGCCCCAACCCCAACCCCGGCUUCGGCGCCGGCCCGGCCCCCUCCAACCACCUGGCGGGGCUCCUCAACCAGAUGCAGGCCAGCGGGAGCUGCGGGAUGCUCCCCCAGGCGGGAAUGGCCUUAGGGAACUCCUUACAUCCCAACCCUGCUCAGGCCAGGCUCCAGGCACCCUCCGCGCCAGCGAUCCCCAACAGCAUCGCCAGCAGCUGUAAUCAAACCAGUCCUGAAGCAGGGGGUUUGGGCCCGUCGUCCUCGAUAGCCAUCGCUGGCACCAGCCAAGCCGCCAUCACCAAGACCACAUCUGUGCUCCAGGACGGUGUCAUUGUCACCACUGCAGCUGGGACCCCUCUGCAGCAGGGCCAGCUGCCCAUGGGGGGCGAGUUCCCCUUCGCUGGCCACGAACACUCGCUCCACUUCCCGCAGAACAGCUCUUCAAACAACAAUCUGCCACAUCCUCUGAAUCAAAACCUCCUCAACUCCCUGCCUCUCUCUCUGCCAGUGAAUCAGCAACAUCUCCUAAACCAGAAUCUCCUAAACAUCCUCCAGCCUUCAGCAGGAGAAGGCAAGUCUGAGGUCAACCUCAACCCUUUAGGUUUUCUGAACCCGAAUGUCAGCGCCGCUUUAGCGUUCCUGUCCGGCGACGUGGACGGGCAGGUUCUGCAGCCCGUGCACUUCCAGCUGCUGGCAGCCCUGCUCCAGAACCAGGCCCAGGCAGCUGCCAUGCUCCCCGUGCCAUCCUUCAACGUGACUAUCUCUGACCUGCUGCAGCAGCAGAGCACCCCCGCGCCCCCCGAGCCCCUGCCCGACGGCAGCAGGGUGGAGAACCUCCUGUCCAACCCCAUCCCCGGCUUCCCAGGCACCGAGCCCGCUCCCAGCCCCCUGCUGCUGCCCGCUGCCUCCGGGGCCUCGGCGCUCAUGGCCCUGAACCCGCAGCUGGUGGGGGGCGUCCUGAGCUCGGGCAGCCACCCCGAGGUGGCCAUAGCCACGUCCUCGCAGGCCACCACCACCACCAGCACCACGUCGUCGGCGGUGGCCGCGCUGUCGGUGUCGGCGCUGGCCGGGGGCACGGCCGUGGUGUCCAUGGCAGAAACGCUCCUGAACAUCUCCAGCGCUGCCGGGAGCGCGCCGGGACCCGCCAAGCUCAGCAACAACUCCGUGGUGCCGCAGCUCCUGAACCCUCUCCUGGGGACAGGCCUGCUUGGGGAAAUGUCAUCUCUGAACACUACUCUGAACAACCAUCAGCUCAGCCAUCUCCAGUCACUCCUCAACAACAAUCAGAUGUUUCCUUCAAAUCAGCAGCAGCAGCAGCAGCAGCAGCAGCAACAGCAGCAGCACCUUCUCCAGGGCUACCAGAACGUGCAGGGCUUUCAAGGCCAGCCCCAAAUUCCUGGCCCAGCCAACAACCCAAACCCCAUGGCGUGUCUGUUCCAGAAUUUCCAGGUGAGGAUGCAGGAAGACGCCGCCGUCCUCAACAAAAGAAUGAUCACCCAGAUGGGAAUGGCGCCGGUUCCCGAGAGCUCCAACACUCUCCUUCCUCCCUUCCAGGAGCCCCCCUGCGACCUGCAGCAGAGACCUGACCCAUCCCUGGGCCAGCAGGCCAAGGACAACCCCAACGCCGCCGCCGCCGCGGGCGACGCCUCGGUGGACGCCAUCUACAAGGCGGUGGUGGACGCCGCCAGCAAGGGGGUGCCGGUGGUGAUCACCACGGCCGGCUCCAGCUCCACGCAGCCGAGCCCCAUCCCCGCCCUGAGUGCCAUGAGUGCCUUCACAGCCUCCAUCGGGGACCCCCUGAACCUCUCCAGCGCCGUCAGCGCCGUCAUCCACGGCCGCGGCGCCGAGCACGAGGGGCGCGGCCGCAACGCCCGCGGCGCGCGGGUCCCCAAGAGCUCGGAGCACGGCAAGAACGCCGCUGAGGGGGAUGGCUACGAGUAUUACAAAUCAGCCACUUGUAACACGCCCAAAAAGCAGUGGGAAGGGGAGCAGAGCCCCGGGGGGGAGAUCAACAGGUGGAAAUGUGAGGAGUUCCUGGAGCACUCCGCCCAUAUCCACAGCAGCCCGUGCCACGAGAGGCCCAACAACAUCUCCACGCUGCCGCUGCUGCAGGGGGAGCAGCACCAGGCCCUGCUGGCACAGCGGAACUGUCAGAGCGAGAAAAUGCUGGAGGAGAAUUUCAGGUAUAACAAUUACAAAAGAACUAUGAUGAGUUUCAAGGAAAGACUGGAGAACACUGUGGAACGAUGUGCACACAUCAACGGGAACCGCCCACAGCCCAACAGGGGCUUCGGGGAGUUGCUCAACACUUCCAAACAAGACCUGAUCCUGGAAGAGCAAUCUCCCAGUUCCUCCAAUAGCUUGGAGAGUUCCUUAGUGAAAGACUACAUCCAUUACAAUGGAGAUUUUAAUGCCAAAAGCAUUAACGGGUGCGUGCCCAGCCCCUCGGAUGCUAAGAGCAUCAGCAGCGAGGAGGACCUGCGGAACCCCGAGUCGCCCUCGUCCCACGAGCUCAUCCACUACAGGCCAAGGACGUUUAACGUGGGCGACUUGGUCUGGGGCCAGAUCAAAGGACUGACUUCCUGGCCUGGCAAACUUGGCAGAGAAGAAGAGGUUCACAAUUCAUGUCAACAGAACGCUGAGGAGGGGAAGGUGGAGCCGGAGAAGCUGAAGACACUAACGGAGGGGCUGGAGGCGUUCAGCCGCGCCAGGAAAAGGAACAGGAAAAGUGGAAAGCUAAAUAACCAUUUAGAAGCUGCUAUACACGAGGCCAUGAGUGAACUAGACAAAAUGUCUGGGAAUGUCCACCAAAUCCCGCAGGGAGACAGACAAGUGAAGCCUCCAAAACUCAAGAGGAGGAAGAUCUCUAGAUAACAUUGAAUGUCUUUGUUACUGGUCCAGUCCUUAUCACAGUGAACGUGCACAUGAGUCUAUCUGUAGGUAUUGAUCCAGACGUGGGUCUGUCAAUAUUUCUGUGGAGACAGCUCGCUGCCAUCGCAGGGCACCACGAGGAGCAGUGGUACCAGAUUUUGGAUGAUUAGGAGGGAUAGAGGGUGCUGGAUAAGCCAAUCAGAAAUCUUGAAAGGUUGCAGUAACAAUGUCAGAUGAUUACUGAAUUUUUUUUUUUUUUCUAUAAUACUAAAAAAUUGUGAUUAUAAGAAAUAGUCCAAAUGUUUCUGAGAAAUUUUCAUUGUGUAUAUAGAUAAUACAGAAUUUCAUGGUGAUAUCUGAACUGUAAAUAUUGUACAAUAUUGUCAUGUACAAGCGUACCUAAUGCACACUUUAUCUUUUAUUGUACAAAAAAUAGUGUACAAAAUUCUUUGGUUUCUAUUGAGUACACAUACAAGAGACUACCAGUGUAAAGUGAUAAAUAAAAAUACAGCCUAAAUGCUUUUAUAUGAUAAUGUAAAAGAUGCUGUUUUUGUAUUUAACAGCAGAGAGAAGGCAUGAUUAUGUAAUACCUUAAUUAUGACAUCCACUUCACGCCACUGAGUGUUCAUUGCUAUGUCUGUUUGGAAUGAACCUUGCCUGGAAGUGCUGUUCUCCAGUUCAGGCCUUUAGGAGAGCGCAGCCUCGCAGAUUCCCAACGGGAUGUGGGAUCACAGCUCUGAUUAAGAAUUCAAAGGCUGCAACCCCUCGGUUGCGUUUUUAUUUACUUAGCUUUGAACGUAGAACGCUGUAGAUUUGAUUAAAAAGGGCAAAACAACAAAAAAAAAAAGAGUAGAGGGACUAUUUUAGUCAACCAUUUCUGUAGGAGUUUCAUAGCCACCUGAGGAACUAAAGAGUCGAUACCCCCGUAACAUUGAGCCCCUCCAACCACCCCCUAGAUUAAUUAGCUUCAAUUAUCUAACGUCAUUAACACGGUGUUUCCUCGGAAGGGGGCAGAGGCCCCGCUUUCAGGAGUGAUCAGGAUUGAUUGCUAUUGAUUACCUUUGGUUUGGCAGUAGGAUGAAAGGGCAACGCUCCGCAGCGUCCGGGAAAAGCAAUCCCAGGAUCCAUCUCGCAGUAUUAAAGCAGAAAAAAAAAAAGUUAAGGGUGGCUUACAAAACUAUUAGCAACAGUAAUUUUUAUCAGUAUUAUGUAACAUAUCAGAUUUAUUUUAUUUAAAAAGAAUUAUUUAUACCAUUAACAGAUUCUUAUAUAUAUUAAUGUGGCUGAAAUGCGCAGGUUAAAUCUAUUAACCAAAUUAUUUAUGUUAUAUUAAGUGAGAAAUGUGAAACAUAUGUAGAAAAAAAAAAAUUAAUACACUACAGAUUUAAAAGUCUAAAGCUAUGAGCCAUUAUAAAAUUAACGAACGGAAGUGUAGCACAACAUUCUUUCCAUUUGAUUUCAUUUUUCUUUUUCACACGGCCGGUGGCGAUGGUGACGGAAGCCGUGGCAUCCUCUGUCUGCGAGGCUUCCCGAGGGAACUCCCAGCUCACCAUUCCCAGUCCCGGGUGGAGCUUUACCUCCCACCUCUGGCUCCGGGACCACCGCUUACCUCAGAUUUCCCUUUCCCCGAGCCCGUCGCUCUCUGGCUAAGGACUGGCAGUGAUCAGCACCCCGGCGGAUCCCGAGGAUCCCGAGGAUCCCGCGGAUCGUGGCUCCUUCUCCUGCUGCCCGGGUGUGCCGGGGCCGGUGUUGCUACCUCGGGGCUCCUCUCGCUGCCCCUGCCGGGCAGCUCUGUCUCCUCCGUGCUCCGCACCGAGCCCUUCCCGGGGGCUCCCGUUUUUCCGUCGCCGUGUCCCGGUGGCCCUCGGCUCUUCCCCGUCCCCAUCCGUGCGCGUGGGCGAGCGCUGGAGCCCCUUUCCCUCGGGAUUUCCUUUGCCUCUCCCUCCGCUUCGUGUCCCAGAGCUGAGUUUGUGUCUCCCUUGGCCCUUAGGUUUGUGCUCCCUCCCCGCUGUUUUACUUUACAUCCCUAAGAUUAUGUAAAGUAUUCUCGUGCACUUGAUUUCCUCGGUUAAUAAUGGCAUUGAUGUGGGUGCUAGGAGUAGUUUUGUUUCAGUCCAUACCGAUUUUUAUUUUUUUUUUCUCUCUCUUUUAGAGUUUUUAUGGUUUCAUGUAAGCAGUUAAUGUAAAUAUUGUGAGCAUUACAGGUCAUGCAGUGUUGUAACAUUUUAAGAAAUGUUGCACCGACUUUACGAUUAAAAAACUGGUCACUCAUACUUGAA